GAAGCAUAGGCGCAAACCUUCACCGCCAUCUUUGUGCCUUCCUAAAACUUAUGCCUCACACUUUUGCAGUGAAAAAGGCCUAUUUUGAAGAGCCAUAAAGUGUAAAGAUGACCGGUAAGUGAGUGUGCACUGACGUACGCUCACUUCCCUGCCAGUGUACGUGUUCACUUUUGAAGAAUUCGCAUUUGGAAAGGGGACUGCUCCAGCUGCUUCUACCGCUCCUACUGCUUCUACCCCUCCUCCGCGUCUCCCUCCCUUUGUACAAACCCCCUACGAGGAGCCUCCCCAACCCCUGCUAUUCACCAAUUUUGAAUAAGGACAAAAAAUUUACCCCUCCCCUGUUGUGAAUCCGCCUAAACAUAAAAGUGCACAUUUUCAUGUGCAAAUUAGCGCCUUAAUGUAAGGCAAAUAAAAAGGGCGAUCACAUUCACCCUUGCCCCCUUCCGAAUUAUGCAUCACUCAUCGGUGUAGGUGCAAUUCGGUAGUCUAUCUUCAUUUGCUACACAUUUUCUUUCGUCACCUUCGAUUCUUCGCUGCAACUCUGCUUCACUCAAAGUGAGCUGCCCAUUUGUGUGUCUUCCCCACGAUGAAUAAGUACAUGAGUUCGAGCAGCACCAUUUUGAAUAACAAAAAGAAUGUAGAGAACGCCAUAAAAACGAAUCUGGUGGCGGAAAAAACUACCGAGGGGAGCAAGAAUACAAAAAAUGAAGAAAUUUACUCGGAAAUAAAAAAGAAUUUGUUAAAAUUAGAGAAGGUGUUUCUAGACAAUGUACUUUUGCAAGUGAAAAAGAAAACCACGGCUGGCACCAAAAACUCCAUUGAAAAAUCAGCCAUAAACGAAUUAAACAAAUACAAGAAAAAUAUCGAAUUGUUAAAGAGUAAAGUAAGCAUAGAAGACAAUACGGACAAAAUAGUCAAGCUUGAAAACAAACUGAAAGAAAAUGAAGAAAUUUUACAAAAACUGAAUAAUGAUAAGGAGGGGCUGGAAAACAUUUCCAAGCAACAGCUAAAAGCGAUAGAUGAAAUUUGCCUAAACGAAACGCAACUGUCCAUACAAACAAAAUAUGAAGAAAUCAGACAAUUAAAAGAGGAACUCAUGAAAUUAAAAAACACCUAUAUGGAAAAUGAAAACAUUUUGAAAAAAAAACAAGAACAGUUAGUCAACAUAGACAGUCAGUUAAAGAAAAAAAUUUUCGCCAUUAAAAACGCGAAAAGUAGCAGCAACAGUAGCAGCGUCAAUGCUAGCAGUAACAAUGCCUCCACACUGAAUAACAGCAAAACUAUCUCGAAUUACCAAAUACAAACGUUGAAAGCACAAAUAGACAUGAUAAAUGAUAAUAUAAAUGCAGAUACUCAGGGCUAUGAGGAAAAAAUAUCCGAACUUGAGAGCAACAUCAAGUCGUCCGAAAAUGACAUUGAGUUUUUAAAUUCGCAAAUCGGAGAAAUAAAGAAGAACAUUGAGAAUGUCACCCUGGAGAUAAAAAAAAUGAGAAAGCAGAAAAAGGAAAAGUGA